AUGACACAAGGAAUUCGUAGCGUGGUAUCAUGCGCUUCUUGUCGGCAAAGAAAAUUGAGAUGCGACCGCACCGAACCAUGCAGCAAUUGCGUUUCGCGCAAAGUCAGUUGCGUAUAUGCGACAGGGUCACAGAGACGGGCUGCAGGGAUUCAGCGCCGAGGUGGUGGAAAUGAUCAUCUCGACGCUCGUUUGAUUCGUCUGGAGCAGUUGGUUGGCAUGAUCGCCGACCAGCGAAAGACUUCAGAUGCCGACAGUGUUGAUGACAGUAGUAAAGGUUCCCUGGGGAAUCCUUCACAGGGAACUUCCGGUCCACAUGGUUCCAACAGUCCGUCAGCUGAAGACAGUCAGGGGGUUUUGCCUGGUCGAAUGGUCACGAAUAACAGUAACCAGACGGUUUAUGUUUCGGCGGUCCAUUGGGCGGCAAUCUGUAAUGAAAUUGCUCUCGUUCGUGAGAAUCUCGAAGAAGAUGGCUUUCACGAAUCCCCCAAUCCGCCAGCAUCGAUCGAACCGUCGGGACCACUGCUCCUUCGAUGUGUGGGACCUCUUCCUGAUCUUGAAGAUGUCCUAGCAGAUAUCCCAUCAAGAGGGAUUUGUGAUAACCUCGUGGCUCGCUUCUUCUUGAUGGGAGAGCCUGCCACCGCCAUGUUUCACGCCCCGAGCUUCCAGCAACAUUAUAACCAGUUCUGGCUCGACCCGACCGAUGUUUCGCUACCAUGGCUAGCUCUUCUGUUCGGUAUCUUGUCCAUCGGAGCAUUUUUAUACCUUCGGUCGCAAGAAGACUUGCCAUCUGGCUUUGGCCAUCCUGCACAGGUCACGCAAACUUUCCACAAACGGUCCACCGAGUGUUUGAUCAUGUCAAAUUACUCCACAAGCCCGAGCACCUUCACCAUCGAGGCGGUUUUAAUCAACAUUCAGAAUGAGUUCGUGCGCCAACCUGAUGCUCAGGUGGGGAUAUGGGUCUUGACCGGCGUCGCGAUUCGACUGGCAAUGAGAAUGGGUUACCAUCGAGAUGCGCAACAUUAUCCUGGAAUAUCCCCUUUCCAGGCCGAAAUGAGACGGCGUAUAUGGGCCAUGAUGUUGCAGGGUGACAUGCUGACUUCUUGCCAAUUGGGACUGCCUCUGAUCAUUCAGGAGUCGCACUGCGAUACCCAGUCACCGCGAAAUUUGUUCGAUGAAGAUUUAGACCCUCAUGCCACUGAGCUGCCACAAUCACGGCCGGAGACGGAGUCCACCCCGAUCAUAUACACCAUUGUCAAGGGCAGAUUGGCUUCGGCCUUCAGAGCAAUUUUUAAUCAAGUUUCGUCGACCAAGGUGGCAACCUUUCAGGAGGUCAUGGCCUUGGACAAAAAAUUGAACUUGGCUCACCAGUCGCUACCCAACCAUCUUCGAAUAUCCAAUCCAGAAGACGCUAUCACCGUAUCGCCGCGGCUGUUGAUGCGGAGAUACAACCUCGAAUUGCUCUAUCAGAAGGCGCGCUGUGUACUGCACCGGCACCAUAUGACCGAGGCAUUCGCCAAUUCCGAUUAUACAUACUCGAGAUUGGUAUGCGUCGAAGCGGCAAUGGCACUUCUUAGACAUCAGGCCCGGAUUUUCGAACAGGUCCAGGUGGGUGGGCGACUCUUUCGUGAUAAGUGGUUCAUUUCAUCUCUUGAAAGACACGAUUUCUUGUUGGCGUCCAUGAUUGUCUGUCUUGAACUCAACUCUCGUUCGGAUGAACAAGUGGACCAGCUCAAUCUCACAGGCAGCCACAUGCCGCUGCACUAUAGCCGGGAUGAGAUGAUCAUGGCUCUACAGAACACACGUCUUUCAUGGGACGAUUCCAGCAAGAGUUCCAAAGAGGCCAUGCAGGCAUCGAACAUUCUUGGAGUCAUGUUGGACAAAUAUUUCCCAAAGAGACAGCAUGAUGUGCCGCUUCCGCAGUUAGUGGAUGAUUUCUUCGAAACCACCAUCUCCAACGGACCACAGUCCUUCGGCCAGGGAAACUCUAUUCCUCAGACAGUUGUCAGUCCAAUCUCUGGUGGCGAAGGUCUAGUGGCAGCACUCAACAGUCCAGGCUUUGUCAACUGGGAUCUGUGGGACGCACAUAUGUCAAGAUCUGACAGGGAAAUGGACUUUUGAAUUAAAGCAAAGUAGAAGUGCUGGAUUGGGGGCCGUCUCAAAUUCCAACUGUCGGAUACAGCAUUCGUGGCCAUGUUCUCUCCCAUGGACAGAGGCAAAUGCACUGGCAGUGCAAUGGAAUUUGUGCUAUGGUUAGAGAUCUGGAUAAGUGAAACAGGAUUAAUGGUGGCCGAGAACUUCAAUCUGAAAUCCUGCAAGCUGUUGCCCUUCGUGGAUAUGGAUUGUCGAUGGUGAACGUUGGUACGCAAGGCUAAGUGAGUCGAUGAAACGAUCAACCUGCGACGAAGG